AUGUUUGUAAGGGUGCGAGGCUGGUACGGCGCAGCCUGGGAGGAGUUUUGUGCAAAUUGGAGCCGGUUGCACCCGGCAGCCGUACUCGGUGCCUUUGGCGGUGGCGGCGAAGCCUUGGCACGGGCCAAUUUGCACAGCCUGGAACGACGCCAGCUGCAGUGGCAGCACAACAUGGUGAGCUCCAAGAUGGCCUCCACUUGGGCCGGCAUCCCCGGGACGGAAACGGAUCUUAGCACCUUUGCUGGAUGUAAUGGUGUGGAACUCAUAGGGGUGGAUGUGCCAGAUGGCAUUGAGACUUUAUUGCGAAUGGAGGAAGAAGAGGAUGUGGUCUACUACAUCUCGGAGCAUAUGCCCUUGAGCUUGAUGGAGAGCUUUGAAGAUAUCAUCUUCGAAGUGCAGCAGGCUGCGAAUCAUUUGAGUUCCCUCCGUCGAAGCUUAGAGGCAGAUGACGUGGCCGGAGUGUUGCAAGCCAUUGAGGAAAGCGAGGCGCAGCCCAGCACCUGCAUCCAAGCCCUGCGGGUCAGCGCCGAACAUGCGGCCCUAGAGGUUUCCCGCCUGAAAAAGUGCCACAACUCAUGGCGAAGUGUCACAGAGGCACGAAUCCAUCGUUUGGAACAUGCCAAAGAUGAGGCGGAAAAAGCGACGCAAGACUAUUUAGCCAUCGAAGCAAAGCUGAACAGUUUCAGAGGAAUUGUCAGCGAGAAGAGCCGUGCAUGUUUGAUGGGCGUCGUCUUGGGAUCCAGCAAGGGCAUGAUUGCCACGUGCUACGCCGCCUGGCGUGGAGCCACCGAGGAGGGGAAGGUGCACCGCAAGCUGCGGGAGACCUACGAGGCACAAAUCGAAGACAUGCAACGACAGAUCCUGCAGUACCAGGCCACUGGACAGGAAACUCUCCGCUCGGUUUUCCAGAGUUCACCGGAGGCAGAGCGUUUGCGCAAUGUGCGCAAUGCCAUGGCUAGGCGGCUUCAACUGGGGACACUUCAUUUGUUGGAACGGAAAACCAAUGGGGUUUUCAUGGCCAACCUCUUCCCGAGGCUCUUCCAAUGCUGGAUCACUGAUACCCAGCAGAGCAAGCGCCGUGGUCAGGGCGAGCGGGAACUAGACAAGGCGAGUUGA